AUAUGUUACGUCAGUGUCAAUGUCAAGUUGCACAAUAAUAGUUCUUCGUCAUUGCAUAGCGAAAUUAAUUUAAAAAAAAUUACUCACCAUAUUACUAGGGAUUAAUUUAAAUUAUUCAAGCUGGCAUCGCGAAGAUUUUUACUUAUUGGCUUCCACAGCUUUUCGCCAACACAUUCAUAUCGAGCUAGCUUUAAUAGGUUAGGAAUAUAUAUAUUUUUGUUUGAGUUAUUGAUUUAAAAUAAAAUAAACUUAUUAAUACGUUUAAUGCAAACUUUGCGUGUUCGUAAAUAAGUAGUGUUUUAUUAAUUUUUAAUAAUAAUUUAUAAUUUAAAGUUACGUAUACACGCAGCGGCGUCAACACUCUGGUAUGACGGUGCCGCAGUGCGCGCCGCGCUCCCCUAAUCGGGGGCAAAGUCCUACAGAGGCUCGGUCGGGCGUAGGCAGCGAUAGUCCAACAGGAGUUAUCAAGAAAUAUGACGAUAUCAUCAAGAGUCCAGAGGACAAGCGUGAAUACAGGGGUCUUAAACUGGCAAAUCGUCUCAAAGUUUUGUUGGUGAGUGAUCCAACUACGGACAAGUCGGCUGCUGCUCUGGAUGUCAAUGUAGGCUAUCUCAGUGACCCCGAUGAAUUACCAGGCUUGGCGCAUUUUUGUGAGCAUAUGCUGUUCCUAGGAACGGAGAAAUAUCCAGAAGAAAACGAGUACAACAAGUUCCUCUCAGCUCACGGCGGUUCCUCCAACGCGUCCACUUCAUCAGACCACACGACUUACUUCUUCGACGUCCUGCCGCAGCACCUCGCUGGAGCUUUGGACAUAUUUGCCCAAUUCUUCAUCGCACCGCUGUUCACGGAGUCAGCGACAAGUAGAGAGCUGAGUGCCGUCAAUUCUGAGCAUGAGAAGAACGUAUCCUCGGACACUUGGAGGCUGGACCAGCUGAACAAGAGCACGGCUGAUCCGAAACAUCCCUUCCACAAGUUUGGUACAGGUAACAGAGACACGCUGGAAGCGAUUCCCAAAGAGAAAGGUAUCGAUGUACGCAAGGAACUGUUAAAGUUUCACGACAAAUGGUACUCGGCUAAUGUAAUGACUCUCAUUGUUAUGGGGAAAGAAUCUUUGGACGAAUUAGAGGAUAUGGUCGUCAAAUUAUUCUCGGCGGUCGAGGAUAGAUCCGUGACAGCGCCCACUUGGCCGGAGCACCCGUUCCCGCCGCACCUGAGGAGGAAACGCGCCUAUUGCUACCCCGUCAAAGAUCUCCGGUCGCUGUCGAUCGACUUCCCUAUACCGGAUACAAGGAAGCAUUACAAAAGUGGGCCCGGACACUACUUGUCUCACUUGUUGGGACACGAGGGCCCCGGGAGUUUGCUGUCGGCGCUCAAGACCAGGGGCUGGUGUAACAGCCUGGUGGGAGGUACGCGUAUUGGUGCGAGAGGUUUCGCCUUCUUCGGGGUCCAAGUUGACCUCACGGAGGCUGGAGUGGAACAUAUCGAUCAAAUUGUCGAACUCGUAUUUCAGUACAUCGCGAUGCUGAAGACGCAGGGCGCCCAGCGCUGGGUGUGGGAGGAGCAGCGCGACCUCAUGGCGCUGGAGUUCCGCUUCCGGGACGUGCAGGACGCGCGGGCCGCCGUCGUCGCGCACGCGCACCUGCUGCAGGAGUUUCCGAUGCGAGACAUUCUGAGCGCGUAUUACUUGAUGACCGAUUGGAGACCGGAUCUCAUCGACGAACUUCUGGCCCUUCUGACCCCGGAUAACGUGAGGGUGGGGGUCGUUGCCAAGUGUUUCGAGAAAAAAUGCACGCAGACAGAGCCGUGGUAUGGAACUAAGUAUGUCCAGGAAGACAUCGACGAGGCUACACUCAACAAAUGGAAAUCGGUGACACUUAACAACGAAUUCCACCUCCCGCUGCCGAACGAGUUCAUCCCCGCGAGAUUGGACCUGGAGAAGUCUUCUGACCCCACCGCCGAUGCAAUAGGGCCGGCUAUUAUCAAGGAUACCCCUUUAAUGAGACUCUGGUACAAAAGGGACAAUGAAUUCUUGCUGCCCAAAGCCUUCGUUACUUUGGACUUAGUCAGCCCGCUGGCGUACUCGGACCCGGCGAGCUGCAACCUGACGUCGGUGUGGGUGCUGCUGCUGCGCGACUCGCUGCAGCAGUUCGCGUACGCGGCGGAGCUGGCCGGCCUGCGCUGGAGCCUCGGGAACGCCAAGUAUGGCCUCAGUAUAACGAUAGACGGCUACGAUGACAAACAGCACGUGUUGCUGGAGAAGAUUAUAGAUCACAUCGUCAACUUCAAAGCCAAUCCGAAGAGGUUCGAGAUCAUGAAGGAGAGUCACAUCAGGGCUAUAAAGAACUUCGAAGCGGAACAGCCGUACCAGCACGCCGUGUACCAGCAGGCGCUCUGCCUGUCCGACGUGGUGUGGACGCGCUGCCAGCUGCUGCAGGCGGCCGAGACGAUCACCCCGGAGCGGCUGAACGAGUUCGCGCACCAGCUCGUGCGCAAGCUGCACGUGGAGGCGCUCAUGUUCGGCAACCUCAGCCGCGAGAGGGCGCUGGCCGCCGCGCAGGCCGUGGAGGACAAGUUACCGAAGGACGCCACGCCGCUGCUGGCGCAGCAGCUGCUGCUGUACAGGGAGGUCGAAAUCGAAAAAGGCGCGUGGUUCGUGCGCGAGACGGCCAACGGCGUGCACCGCUCGUCGUGCGCGUCGCUGUACUACGCGUGCGGCGUGCGGCGCGCGCGCGCCAACGUCACGCUGGAGCUGCUCGCGCACGCGCUCAGCGAGCCCUGCUUCCACGUGCUGCGCACGCAGGAGCAGCUGGGCUACAUCGUGUUCAGCGGCGUCCGGCGGUCCAACGGCGCCCAGGGCCUCCGGAUAAUCGUGCAGAGCGACAGGCAUCCCGCCUACCUGGAGGAGAGGAUAGAGAAGUUCAUCGAGGGCGCGAAGGAAUAUCUAGAAAAUAUGACGGAGGAGGACUUCCUCAAACAUCGGGCGGCGCUCGCAGCGGAGCGCCUCGAGCGGCCCAAGCGACUCGCCAUUAAGGCGUCGCAGCUCUGGAGCGAGAUCACUGCUCAGAUGUACAACUUCGACAGACCACGAGUGGAGGUCGAAGAACUGAACACGGUCUCUAAAGCUGAACUCCUUGAAUUCUUUAAGAAACACAUUGCAACGGAUUCGACGCAAAGACAAAAGUUGUCUAUAUAUGUCGUGUCGACGGCUGAGGGCGGCGCCGGCCAGGAUUAUGAGUCGACCGGAAGUGAGAAGGAACAGGAGCCUGUCAAGAUACAAGAUUUGGUCGAGUUCAAGUCGAGACGGCGACUGUUACCGCACCCGGUGCCCUUCGCCAGUGUGCCCAGGAAGGGGACGCAUUGCAAGCUAUAAAUACACUCGGUACAAUUGGUACACUAAGUGUUUUUUUGCUGCUUGAUCAAUCAAUAUAUAUAAAAGACAGUCUUCGCUGACUGACUAUCAAUACUAAAAUUAUAUGACAGAAAAAAAAAAAUCUUAUCAUGUGGCGCCCGCACUGGUGCGGACUCGUGCGAGUCCAUUGGAUAGGUUUUAUGUGUUCAACGAGCACGAGAUGAGUUAUAAACGCAAAUCGAGCACAUGAAAAUUCAGUUGUGCCUGAACCCACAAUCAUCGGUUAAGAUGUACGCGUUCUGACCACUGAGCCACUGAGCUAUUUCAUAUGUCAGUCAGUUUAAGCACAAAUAAAUGUUGUAAUAUAAUUUUAAAACUGUUGUAAGAAUUAGAUAUGAACAGAAAGGAAACAAAGCACUGUUGGUUCGUUGCUGGACGUUAGUCCAGCGGUCUACGGCUUAAGAUGUUAAAAAUCGUAUAUAUUCUGACCAUUUGGGCUGUUCCAGUCCUUAUAAUAUAUUAAGACUUCAUCAGAGG